AUCCUUAUUGGUUAAAGAGAAAAUAGUCAACCCACAUAGACAGUCAAACUCCGAACUCAUAUGAUAUCAUAUCAGUAUAUGAACGACAACCCCGGAAUUGAAGUCGUACAUCUACCAACACAACACAAGACCCCCAAUUUUCUUCACCAAAAAACAUGAGCCGGAAGAGAGACAAACCCUACUUCUCCCGCCACGUCCCCGUCCCCGCCUCCGCCUCCGGAUGGAAACGCCGUCGUCCCCUGCCUCCUCAUCCGGAGCCCGAACCAGAGCUCGACAAGCCAACUUACAAGCUGCCGCCACCGCCGGCUCUUGUCAUUACAGGUCUCCCGCCAGACUGCUCCGUCCUAGACCUCAAGUCCCGGUUCGAAAUAUACGGAGCCAUCUCUCGCAUCCGCAUUGACCGCGAUGCGGUCGGCUACGUCACCUACCGCGCCACCGACUCGGCUGAAGCCGCCAUUGCCGCCUCCCUCGACCCGUCCUUUGGCAUUACCCUCGACUCUAAAAAGUUGCAGGUCCUUUGGGCAACAGACCCACUUGCCCAAUGGAGGAAAGGAGUUGGAGUUGGUGCUGAAAACAGAGACUCUAGUAAUGGGUCAUCCUCAAAUUCCAAUCUUUUGAGGGCUGAGGUGCCUCUGAGGAGACAUGGUAGAGGCAACAAGCUUGCUUCGGCUAUAGUGAACCCCAGAGUUGCUGCUGCCGAUGGUUCUUCAGUAUUGGAUGUGCCUGCCAAAGCCCGAGAAAUCGUUGCUUAUGAUGACAUUCUCUAACUUUCGUAGUCAGUUAUUUGGAAUUUGAAGGAUUAGUUUGUAACAUUAGCAUUGGGUUUUGGUUUAUAUAGUUGGGAAUGGAAGAAUAUGUUGGUAUGGAGCUGCGUGAGUUAGGUACUUCAAACUUCAAAGUUGUAUAAGUUAUUUAGAUAAAGGGUUGAUGUUUUUAUGUUUGGUCGUGAA